UCGUUUUGUCGGGUUGUUUUACCGCCAAACGUCAUAAAAAAUGUAACGGAACGGUGUUAAAAUACGAAAAUAAAAAAAAAACUUUUAGCUGCGUUAAAUUAAUACGUAAAAAUGAGUUCAUACGUUUCGUUCAUUAUCAUUUUCUUAUUCUUAGAACUAUUCCUUGUGUGUAAAUCAACCGAGGUUCGUUAUUUAGAACAAGGCCAGAAGCAUACAUAUUGGGCACAGUCAGGCGCGCCGAGUUUCCAAAUUUACUGCUAUGAAGGCAAACCCAAGUACUUAAUUCACAUUUGGCAGAGCGUUGUGCUUCAUCUAGAACACCGCAAUGACGACUACACAAAGUAUGAGGGUAACUCACCAGAGGCUGUGCAGGAGGAAUAUAACGAAAAACGGUUUAGUUGGAACUUGAAUAUAUUUUCCUCGAAACAAAAACAAACAAGGUUGGACCCAUUUAACAGGAGCUGUGUUGGAAUUGAUAGCAAAACUAACUAUAAUGUGACGCUACAUGUCAUCAGGAUUGAUUAUUGGAAGGUACUUUUGUUAUUGUUUGGGAUUUCUUUGUUUCUUUCUGCGAAUAGGUUGAGCCAAAAUACUCUAUUUUAUUAUAUUUGCGGGAUAACUUUAGGAAUUUGUACGUCGUUUUUAAUAUUGAUAUACUUUGCAAGCAAACUUUUCCCAAAGAAACCCAUGAUGUAUGGCGUAGCCGCCUGUGGCUGGACUGUCGGUAUUUACCUCCUCCAACUCCUUUGGGACAACAUCCGCGUAAUCCUCCUCAACUACAAGACCUAUUUAGUAUGGUACACGGUCAUAACCGGCCUCAUAAGUUUCAUAAUCUGCUAUAGAUGGGGGCCCGUGGAAAACGAGCGCAGCCGCAACUUAAUUCGCUGGUCGCUCCAAUCCGUGGGGCUAGCGGCCAUCUUUUUCAGUACCCAGUUCCAGGAAGCCGCCAUGGGCCAGAUCGUCGCCCUCCUGCUGUUCCACAACAUCCCACCAUCUUGGCUCACACGCACGAAGAAGUACUGGAAAAAAAAAUUUCCGCCGAAAGUGAAACCCUUAACGAACGAUGAGUACUACGAGCAGGGGGUGCGGGAAACGUCCAAAGCCCUGGGCGAGUUGCGACAGUAUUGUUCGAGUCCGGACUGCAAACAGUGGCAACUCGCGCUCAAACUGAAAGAUGUGAAACGCUUUGCGUCAUUUAUCGAAGGAAAUUCACAUCUGAGCGACGAGGAAAUUCUGGAGUAUGAAACAUCGAUACACACGACGGACUUGACAGAUGACGAAAGCGAAUAUACGGACGAAGAACAGUGAGGUAGUUUUAAAGACUGACUAUUUAUUGAGUUAUUAAAAUUACAUUGGAUUGUAAAAAUUGUAAAAUACAAACUUAUUUUCAUAGAAA